AUGGGUUUAUGUUUAUCUGCAGAGGAAAAGGAAUCACGUCAAAGAAGUAUUCAAAUUGAUAAACGAAUCGAAGAGGAUGGUAGAAAGUUAAAAAAAGAAUGUAAAAUUCUUCUGCUAGGUUCAGGGGAAUCAGGAAAAUCAACUAUAGUUAAACAAAUGAAAAUAAUACAUCAAAAUGGAUAUACUAAAGAAGAACUGGCACUUUAUAGGAUAACUGUGUAUAAAAAUCUUAUAGAUUCAGCGCAAGCGAUUGUGCACGCGUUGAAAAAAUUUACAUUUGUUCCACGGGAUCCAGUAAAUGAGCUUUUUGCCGAAAAGAUAUUGGAUUAUUAUGUAGAAUCAGAUCCAACUUUUCAGCUUAGCCCAGAAAUCGUUGAAGCAAUUGAAUCUGUAUGGCAAGAUGAUAUAAUGAGAGAAGUUAUGGAUAAACGAAGUCAUUUUUAUUUAAUGGAUUCCGCGCCAUACUUUUUUGAAAAUGUGAGAAGAAUAGGUGCACCUGCUUAUAUUCCUGUUGAGGCGGAUGUUCUAAGAGCAAGAACCAAGACAACAGGCAUAUCAGAAACACGAUUUAAUAUGGGACAAUUGAGUAUACAUAUGUUCGAUGUUGGAGGACAACGAUCAGAAAGAAAAAAAUGGAUUCAUUGUUUUGAAGCUGUCACAUCAAUUAUUUUCUGUGUAGCUUUAAGUGAAUAUGAUCAAGUAUUAUUAGAAGAAUCUGGCCAAAAUCGAAUGGCAGAGAGUCUUGUCUUAUUUGAAUCUGUAAUAAACAGUCGAUGGUUUUUGAGAACUUCAAUUAUAUUAUUUUUAAAUAAGAUUGAUCUCUUUAAAGCUAAGUUGCCUAAAGUACCUCUUGAAAAUUAUUUUCCUGAAUAUCAAGGAGGUGCUGAUAUUAAUAAAGCUGCAAAGUAUAUAUUAUGGCGAUUUACUCAAACUAACCGAGCACGACUUAAUAUUUAUCCACAUUUAACGCAGGCAACAGAUACAUCAAAU